AUGACAUUAAAUUAUCCAAAGAUCAGACGUGAUGAUAGUGUUUCAGACACAUUCAAAAGAACAAAUGGUUCUGAACAAAUUGUAAAGGAUCCAUAUCGUUGGUUAGAAGAUCAAAACUCUGAAGAAACAAAGAAUCAAGUAACAAGAUCAUACAUUGGCUCUGGUGAGGACAAUAUAUCGGUGGAGUUAGAGAAGGAAUUGCUGGAGAAGAUCAACUAUCCAAAGACUAGUUUCUAUCGUAGAAGAGGCGAUCGUUUAUUCUUUGAUAGAAAUCCAGGACUCUUGAAUCAAGCGAUCAUCUACAUGGCAGAUGCCAACCAGCCCGACAAAGAGUAUGUACUGCUCGAUCCAAAUCAAUUCUCACCGGAUGGAACUUGGUCGUUGAGCACUAUGACCAUCUCUGACUCUGGUCGUCUUCUUGCCUAUGGUUACAGCAAGUCCGGAUCGGAUUGGGUGACAUUGAAAAUCGUGCGUAUUCCAGAGAAAAUCGACGAUCCCGUAGUGAUCCUUGAAGACCAGCUGGAGUGGAUCAAAUUCUCUUCGCCAGUGUUCAACAAAGAUGAAUCGGGAUUCAUCUACAGUCGAUUCCCUCAGCCUGCAGAUGACACUCACGAUAAGGGUACUGAGACCGACCAGAACAUCAACAACAAAUGCUACUUCCACAAGAUUGGCGAUCCCCAAGAGAAAGACCUUUUGGUGUACUCUGACGAAGCGAAUCCACAGUAUAUGUUUGGCUGUGAGUUCACCGAUGACUUUGAAACACUGAUGGUUUGCAUUAGCAAAGAUUGCAAUCCCGAGAUCAACAUGACACUCAUCACCAACUUUGACGAGGUGAUCAACGGCAAAGAACAGCAUUUCAAAAAAGUCAAAUUGAUCACUGAUUUCUCAGCAAGCUACAGCUAUAUCACUAGCGUUGGCGAUCGUUUCUGGUUCCACACCAAUUUGCACUCACCAAACAACCAAAUUAUUUCGAUACAGGUGCCAAAGAGUGAAGGUGUAGCACUCGAUGUAAAGACUAUCAUUCCUGAGCGUGACUAUCUUUGUCAGUAUGCCGGAAGUGCAUUGAAUAAGAUCUAUGUUAGCUAUCUCAAAGAUGUCCAGGAAUCGAUUCACGUUUUCGAUAUGGAAGGUAAAUUCCUACAUCAAAUCGAACUCCCAGGUCCCGGUUCACUCGCCGGCUUCGGACCAUCCAAACUUCAUAACCACAUCUAUUUUGUUUUCCAUUCUUUCAUCUACCCAGAUACCAUCUUCUACGUCGAUGCCAACCAAGAUAAAGCUGUAUUAUUUAAGGAACCACAAAUCAAAAAUUUCAAUAGCGCAGAUUAUGUUUGUAAACAAGAAUUCUUCAAUUCAAAAGAUGGAACUAGAAUACCAAUGUUUAUCGUUCACCGUAAGGAUUUGGUGUUGAAUGGCGAUGCUCCAACUUUCCUGACUGCCUAUGGUGGAUUCGAAUAUUCCUAUGAACCAUACUUCUCGCCAAGCUUCAUUUUCUUUGUCGAUAAAUUCAAGGGUGUGUUUGUGGUGGCCAACAUCAGAGGUGGUGGUGAAUACGGUAAGAAAUGGCACGAAGGUGGAUCGCUACUCAAUAAACAAAACUGUUUCGACGACUUUGCUGCAGCCGCUCAAUUCCUGUUCGACAAGAACUACACCAAGACCUCGAAACUAACGGUCAACGGUGGUUCGAAUGGUGGUCUGCUCGUUGGUGCCUCGGUAAACCAACGUCCGGAUCUCUUUGGUUGCUGUAUUGCCGAUGUCGGUGUUAUGGACAUGCUUCGUUUCCACAAGUUCACCAUUGGCAGUCACUGGUGUAGCGACUACGGUUGCAGUGAGGAUCCAAAGUAUUUCGAUACACUCUAUGGCUACUCGCCGCUGCAUAACGUCGCCGGCGACAAACCUUAUCCAGCCACUCUCUUGCUAACGGGUGAUCAUGACGAUCGUGUCAUUCCAGCACACUCUUACAAAUACAUCUCUGAACUUCAACAUCAACGUGGUGGCAAACCAGACCAAUCCAAACCACUGUUGAUCUUGAUCGAUGAGAAAGCUGGACACGGUGCUGGCAAACCACUUACUAAACGUGUCAAAGAGUUCGUUACCAAACUCAACUUUAUUGCUAAAUCAACUAAUUCCAAUCCAAUUCUUUAA